AUGAUAUAUUUCCCGACUAUAAAACCGUUUAUAAGACGGUUUGGUUGCUUAGCAACAACAGAAGCUCGUCGCAUGGCUUCUAGCGCAGCUUUUGAACCAAAAUCUCAUGGAUUACGCAAACCAAUACUAUCAAAUACAAAGCGCAUCUCACGAAAUGUGGACUCACAAAACAAACAGCUGUUCGAGACGCUUUCUAAAUUUCUUAAGGUUAAACCAGUUGUAUCGAUUACAACUGCAGAAGCUUAUGAUUUACCUCAUGUCAUUGAUUUACUUCAUCGCCAGGGGUACCAACCUUCAAGCAUUAUACCCAACGAGAUAGUUUCGUUCAACUAUUUUCAUGAGGGUCAAGUUGGAGAGGUUAUGAUAAUCAGUCAGAACGGUACUAUUGUUAGCUGGGGGUUUGACGAGUCUUGUAAUUUGAAACAGAUCUUACCAUUAGUAGAGGAGGCUAGGGUCAACCCAUUAAAAGAGGAACAAUUUGAAAGCGAAGAUAUGGAUUACGUUGAGUUGGAAUCUGAAACUCAGUGGAAGAACUUGAAACAGGUGAUGGAUAUUGGAAAUGAGAAAGAGAGUCUUAUGAAGGCUGAUCUUCUUAUUAUAAGCAAACUUUCAGGCAUGGAUGGGAUCUUGGACAAGGCAGCGUUCUCAGGCGGCAUGUCUCGUAGUACUCGACUAGCAGUGCUAGAGAGUGCCCUUGAAUCUCUCAUAAAAGAAACUAGAGAUUUCAGUGAAUCCCUCUCAAAAGGAGCGCAGUUGAAAGUGACAGAAUCAGCGGUUCUACGGAGUACGGGAAGAUUGUUUCUGAUAAGAGGAAAACUCAAUUUGUAUUCUGAACUGAUAGAAACACCGGACCUCUAUUGGAGUGAGCCUGUGCUAGAAAAACUAUACAUCCAGGUGUCUCGCCAUCUAGAUAUUCCACUUAGAAUCAGCAUUUUGAAUAAAAAGCUUGAUUACGCGUCAGAUGAGUCUAGGGCAAUGAUGUCAGUCCUAAACGAAAAGAAAAGUACCCGUCUUGAAUGGAUAAUCAUAUAUCUAAUAGCAGUAGAAGUCUGCAUUGAAUUAUAUCACUUUUACGAAAAGUCUAUUUACAGUAACAGAAAUUCCAAUGAAGCCCAUUUUUCAUAG